GUCGAGGGGGAAAUGAUAUAAUUAUGCCUCGAUCCAAGCCAGGAACACUUCAGUUCUUCCUCUGUGGGCUGUUCUGCUGGAAAUCAAUAAGGUCAAAAUGAUGAAUCUUCAUGAUCUCUCCAUCUCUGAUGUGUUAGGCAUGAUUGCAGUGGGUGUCUUCAUCAGUAAGAAUUUCCCCUCUGGAGGAGAGGAAGGAAGAGGGCUUCUGGGUUUGUCACUGACAAUGCAAUUAAAACAGAGUCCAGGCAUUCGUUCCGUUAGCACAACCUUUGAUUCUGGUAGGGCUGCUCAAGGAAGAGAACUCACAGGCGACACAGCUGUCCCCCCCUCCCCCUGGUUUAUCGAGUCUCAUAUGCUGACUCCCUUAAGACCGUCGUUGGCCUCUUCCUUCACUCCUCGUGGUGGCCUUUUAUCCUGUAUACAGACUCUGACAAAGACACCGACCCGCCACGAACAGACCUGCCAUGGAGUCGCAUCUGUGGGGCGUUUAAUCCGGUCUCAUGUCCCAACUCCAACAGCAACAUCACCCUGUUUGAGAACGCCACGGGGGAAUACAACGAUAUCUGGAAGUACGACGCCCGCGUACCCAGAGACGCAGUGUGGCAAUAUAAACCUGACGCUUGACUUCACUCUAUCCAAGUACGCGUCACAGGGAUCACCGGAUGCGCCCGCCAACCUGGUGCUGACAGACCGCGGCGGGUUUGCUAAUCUCGACCACGAGUAUCCCGAGUGGGAUCGCAGCGAUCCGCAGAAUAGACCGGAGCCAGAGCAGCGUGCGUACAAAGCCGCCUGGUCCAACAACGCCUACUCGAUUAAUCGGGAAUUCCGCCACCACCUCCCCUACGCUAUCCCCGCCAUUCUCACACCCUUCUGUGUCCUUGUAGUCAUGAGCAUGUUGCUGGCCCUGUGA